CGACAGACACCGUCCUUGAACUGAAAAUAGGCCUCAUCCCUCAUUGUCCUCCUACCCUCAACCUCACUCAUUUGCCUCACUUUGACUUAGCUCAGUCCACCUUCACGGCUGCUUCCUCUCUUUGCAUCGAUCCACCAGCGCAGGAGUCCACCCCUACAACUACUUUUCUUCCCGCGCAAACAUGGCCAGCCAUAGCGAUCCCCGUCUUUUGUACUCUAUAAAUGGCAUCAAGGCGUACCAUAUCCAGCAGGGCGAAGAAACUUCGCUGACGCCGUCGGGACCUCAGACACUAUCACUUCUGAUGGUCCCCACGAACUCACCCUUCGCAGACCCCAGCAACACGCGAGGGGAUACCGAGGCACCUGAGGAGGACUUCUACCUCCACCUCAAUCUGCCUCCCGAGCUUGACCUCCCUCUCCCUGCGACCACCCAGAUCUAUCACAAGCCUCCACGCAGCUACCUAAUCCCUCGGUGGGAUCUGGGACCCGAUAGCGGCGCCUUUACGCGAAUCGAGUUUCCCCCACUAGGCACUGGGCCCGAUAAGGUCACACAGGAGGACGUGGACACAUUUGAGACGAUCUUGGCUCAAUGCACAGCGUUUCUGGAGCGGGCACAGCCUCCUGCGCCGAACGAGAAAGGUGCAGUGAAGCCAUAUAACCCUGCCGACUACGCACCAGGAGAGGGUUAUGUCGGAUCCAGCAAGCAUGGCGAGAUUGUUCUCGUUGACGAGGACAAUGGCAGCGUAGUAGGGGAGUUGACAGGAGGUGCUCAAAUCGUCGAGGACCCAAGGAUCAAGCCUGGUUCGAAGACCCCCGUUGAGAUCACGGUCUCCGCUGACGGUAAACGAAUCGACGUGAAACCCAUGGAAGAAGAUUACCUCCGUAUGGCAAGACAUCCCGCAUAUCAGAAUUCCGGUCUGGUGCAGAACGCGGCCGCCGCUUCACGCCUCAUCGUGACUGGUUCGAGUUACCUGAGCAACAUGCUAGUGUCUGGAGCGAACAGUUUCAUGCAAAGGACGAAACCAAACGAAAAGCCAAUGGAGUUCAAGCCUACCACUCACGAGCACGUGCGCAAAAUCAAUACAUUCACCAGCGGCGUUGCAGGGUUCUCCGCUAAGACUGUGGGCUCUGUGUCUAGAGUAGCCCAGAACAUCGGCGCAAACAUGGCUGGCAAGAAGGCGAAGCACUCAAAGAGCGUGAACCCAGAUGGUACCCCUAACACCGAAUAUAAGCCGGGCCUGCUCAACAAGUCCAUGAUUGCCUUUUCCACGGUCGCAGACGGCAUCGCCUACUCGGGCAAGACUCUUCUGUCGACCGGUAGCGCUGCGGCGAGCAGUGUCGUGGGUCAUAAGUACGGUCCCGAAGCUGGCAGUAUCGCCAAUGAUCUAACAGGCGGGAUCAAGAACGUGGGGCUCGUGUAUAUUGACGUAACUGGCGUCUCGAGACGCGCGGUCAUCAAGGCAGUUGCAAAGGGAAUGGUCGUAGGCAGGGUCACUGGUGGCGGCGAGGUCGUCGUAGGGGGCGGCGAUGGGGGUGAUAUACCGCAGGAGUUUCAGCAGGGAAGCGGGAAAAAUGACGUUCCUUCGGUGAAUCAGACUGCUGGUCCCAUAAGCCAGAUUGGCUUCGGUAACGCGGCUCCUCCAAGCUACUCCAGCGGUGUGGGAGAAUCCAGCCAAGGGCAGCCUACAUACUAUGCCCCUGAGAAGCGAUGAAAGAGGGGGAGAUGGGUCUUGCGGUCAGGAGCAAGACGAGGACUGAAUGCAAAGUCAGACAGGUUAAGCCUAUGAUUCUCGGUAAUGUUCUGGUGGAUGGAAACGACGGGGCAUUUUAUAUUUGUGCCUCCAACUAAGGAAUCUUGUUCGACGACUAUCUCCUUAGGACUCUCUUACUGAUACCUAUUAUGACUUCCUGGCGUCUUGAACACCCACGCGCUCUACAUUCUCUCUCACGAUUUGUCUCUCCUUCUUGCCCAUCUGGUUGUGCAUACAAUACUUGUUCUUGAAUAAUACCCCCAAUGCAUUCUGAUCGACCUGUCCGUGGCACCUGAGAUUGUAUAC